CAGUACAUUGAGCUCCAUAGAGACAGCGCCGGGGCAAGCGAGAGCCGGACGGGCACUGGGCGACUCUGUGCCUCGCGGAGGAAAACCAACUAAACAUGGGCAAAGGAGAUCCUAAGAAGCCGAGAGGCAAAAUGUCCUCAUAUGCAUUCUUUGUGCAAACCUGCCGGGAGGAGCACAAGAAGCAGUACCCAGAUGCUUCUGUCAACUUCUCAGAGUUCUCCAAGAAGUGCUCAGAGAGGUGGAAGACUAUGUCUGCUAAAGAAAAGGGGAAAUUUGAAGAUAUGGCAAAGGCUGACAAGGCUCGUUAUGAAAGAGAAAUGAAAACCUACAUCCCUCCCAAAGGGGAGACCAAAAAGAAGUUCAAGGACCCCAAUGCACCCAAGAGGCCUCCUUCGGCCUUCUUCCUGUUCUGUUCUGAGUACCGCCCAAAAAUCAAAGGCGAGCAUCCUGGCUUAUCCAUUGGUGAUGUUGCAAAGAAACUAGGAGAGAUGUGGAACAACACUGCCGCGGAUGACAAGCAGCCCUACGAGAAGAAGGCUGCUAAGCUGAAGGAGAAGUAUGAAAAGGAUAUUGCUGCCUAUAGAGCUAAAGGAAAACCUGAUGCAGCGAAAAAGGGGGUAGUCAAGGCUGAAAAGAUCAAGAAAAAGAAGGAAGAGGAAGAUGAUGAGGAGGAUGAAGAGGAUGAGGAAGAGGAGGAAGAAGAGGAAGACGAAGAUGAAGAAGAAGAUGAUGAUGAUGAAUAAGUUGGUUCUAGCGCAGUUUUUUUUCUUGUCUAUAAAGCAUUUAACCCCCCUGUACACAACUCACUCCUUUUAAAGAAAAAUUG